AGUCCAGGUUAGAGCCCUAGAGAAUAAGAGAAGCUCGCUGCUGGUGAGAGGGGGGCAUGACCAGGAUUCCUGGAACUGGAAGAUCUUCGGCGCCACCAUCGUUGGAGAGCAAGGAAGAACAUGGAAGAGACGUGGCCCCUCUUGGCCGCGAGGACCGUGACAGAGGACGUGCAGAGGAGCUGCUGGCACACCCACAGCCCUCUGACCUCGACCCAAGUAUGCAGGCCCCACCCUGCAGCCACCCAGCGGGGCUCAGCCUGGACGACUUCAUCCCUGGCCACCUCCGGGCCCAUGUAGGGUCAUUCUCCAGGGGGACUCGGGUGCCUGUGAUCCGGAAUGGUGGCUCCAACACCCUUAAUUUCCAGUUCCAUGAUCCUGCGCCCAGGACUGUGUGCAAUGGGUACUUCCCAACCAGGAGAGAGGCUUCCCGGCACCCAGACCCUGCUUGGUAUCAGACCUGGCCAGGCCCUGGGAGCCGGCCCACGGGGACCCAGAAGACCCCCGCCUCCCAGCAUCCCCAGAACUGGUCAGCCACAUGGACCAAGGACAGCAAACGCCGCGAUAAGCGCUGGGUCAAGUACGAGGGAAUCGGGCCCGUGGAUGAGAGCGGCAUGCCCAUUGCCCCCCGAUCUAGUGUGGACAGCCCUAAGGACUGGUACCGGAGAAUGUUCCAUCAGAUUCACCGGAAAAUGCCAGACCUGAAUCUGGACUGGACCUUCGAGGAAGCACCCAAAGUGGCUUCCUCCUGUGCCACCUCUGCAGACUCAAGGUGUCCAGGGCCCCAGCAAAGACCUGCAUCCCGGCCAAGCCAGGCCUCCUCUCUGAGCGGAAGAAGCUGGGACCCCUCUGAAGAGUUUCCUAGAAGCACCUUCAGCUGUAACCCUGGUGCAUUCUCCUCCCUGCCCAGGACCCCACAUCAGGUGCCCAGACGCAGAGAGAAAGCAGAUAAUGUCUGGGCAGAAGAAUCUUGGAACCAGUUUCUGCAAGAACUAGAGACUGGGCAGAAGCCCAAGAAACCUCUGGUGGAUGACCCUGCUGAGAAGCCCUCCCAACCCAUUGAGGUCCUGCUGGAGAGAGAGCUGGCCAAGUUGAGCGCGGAGCUGGACAAGGACCUGCGGGCCAUUGAGACCCGGCAGACGUCUCCCAAGGUACCGAUCUCCCAGUCGGCUCCGCGCUCAGCCCCAGACCUUCCCCCCCCCAGCAGCCCGGCCUCUGCCUGGAGCCUCAGCAACCCGAAUGCACUUUACCGGGGCUCCUCCUGGCCCCUGAGCCCCCACAGAAUGGCGGAUGGAGGAAGCCCCUUCCUAGGUCGCAGGGAUUUUGUCUACCCUGCCUCAACCCGAGACCCUAGUGGCUCUGAACGAGGGGUCAGCCCUGCCAGGAAAGAAGAAAAGAAGAGGAAGGCUGCCAGGCUCAAGUUUGACUUCCAGGCACAGUCCCCCAAGGAGCUGACCCUGAAGAAGGGUGAUAUUGUCUACAUCCACAAGGAGGUGGACAAGAACUGGCUGGAGGGGGAACACCAUGGCAGGCUGGGCAUCUUCCCUGCUAACUACGUGGAGGUGCUGCCUGCAGAUGAAAUCCCCAAGCCGCACAAGCCCCCGACCUACCAGGUGCUGGAGUAUGGAGAAGCCGUGGCCCAGUACAAUUUCAAGGGGGAUCUGGAGGUGGAGCUGUCCUUCCGAAAGGGGGAGCGCAUCUGCCUGAUCCGAAAGGUGAACGAGAACUGGUAUGAGGGGCGCAUCUCGGGCACCGGGCGCCAGGGCAUCUUCCCGGUCAGCUACGUGCAGGUGAGCCGAGAGCCCCGGCUCCGCCUCUGCGACGAGGGCCCCCAGCUCCCCGCGUCUCCCAGCAUGACCGCCGCCCGGCUGGCUGCCCGUCACCCCAGCUCCCCGGUAACACCACGCAGUCCAUCUGAUCCCACCGAUUGGGGGGGCCGGACCUCCCCCCGCCGCACCGGCUUCUCCUUCCCGGCCCAGGAGCCCAAAUCCCAAACCCAGAAUCUCAGCACCCCUGGGUCUUCUCUGUCCCAUCCUGGAGGUUCCAGCCGUGCUGUGGACCUGGGGACCUCCUCCCACACCACCACUCAGAUUAACUGGACCCCGUACCGGGCAGUAUACCAGUAUAGGCCCCAGAACGAGGAUGAGCUGGAGCUGCGGGAGGGGGACCGGGUGGAUGUCAUGCAGCAGUGUGACGACGGCUGGUUUGUGGGUGUCUCCCGGAGGACCCAGAAAUUUGGGACAUUCCCUGGAAAUUAUGUAGCUCCGGUGUGAGAGGUCUCCAUGGCAACUCAGAGCCCGGCCAGGAUGGAGUGGAGAGCAGUAGCUCUUCUCAGAGGGAGAGAGGACCCCCUUCCCGCAUCUUCCUCCC